UAUUUUUAUGUUUAGGUGUGGGAGAAAAUGUCAGUCAGCAUGCAUGAGAAUCGCAAGUCUAGAGCCAGCACUGGCUCAAUAAACAUAUAUUUAUUCCACAAAUCUUCAUAUGCUGAUAGCGUCCUCACGCAUCUCAACCUCCUGCGUCAGCAACGUCUUUUUACAGAUGUGCUUCUCCAUGCUGGGAACAAAUCAUUCCCUUGCCAUAGAGCUGUCUUAGCAGCUUGCAGUCGCUAUUUUGAAGCAAUGUUCAGUGGAGGACUCAAAGAGAGCCAAGCCAGUGAAGUCAACUUUCAUAACUCCAUCCAUCCGGAGGUUCUGGAACUUCUUUUGGACUAUGCUUACUCUUCAAGGGUCAUCAUCAAUGAAGAAAAUGCUGAGUCUCUUCUGGAGGCAGGCGAUAUGUUGGAGUUCCAAGACAUCAGAGACGCUUGUGCAGAAUUCUUAGAGAAGAACCUUCAUCCCACUAACUGCCUUGGCAUGCUGCUUCUAUCGGAUGCUCAUCAAUGUACCAAACUGUAUGAGCUGUCUUGGAGGAUGUGCCUUAGCAACUUCCAGACCAUCAGCAAAAGUGAAGAUUUUCUCCAGCUCCCCAGAGACAUGGUUGUACAGCUCCUGUCUAGUGAAGAAUUAGAGACUGAAGAUGAGCGGUUAGUAUAUGAGUCUGCCAUGAACUGGAUUAACUAUGAUCUGAAUAAACGCCACUGUUACCUGCCAGAAUUGUUGCAGACUGUGAGACUUGCUCUUCUGCCAGCCAUCUAUCUAAUGGAGAAUGUAGCAACUGAGGAGCUUAUCACCAAGCAGAGGAAGAGCAAGGAGAUUGUAGAAGAAGCAAUAAGGUGCAAAUUGAAGAUUUUGCAGAACGACGGUGUGGUCACCAGUUUGUGUGCAAGGCCUCGAAAAACGGGCCAUGCUCUCUUUCUUUUGGGAGGACAAACUUUUAUGUGUGACAAAUUGUACCUAGUUGACCAAAAAGCAAAGGAGAUCAUUCCAAAAGCUGACAUUCCAAGCCCAAGGAAAGAGUUCAGUGCUUGUGCUAUUGGCUGUAAAGUCUAUAUUACUGGUGGCCGGGGAUCUGAAAAUGGAGUUUCUAAAGAUGUUUGGGUGUAUGAUACACUUCAUGAGGAGUGGUCUAAAGCCGCUCCCAUGCUAGUUGCUCGAUUUGGUCAUGGAUCUGCUGAACUCAAACAUUGUCUUUAUGUUGUAGGAGGGCACACAGCAGCCACAGGUUGUCUUCCAGCUUCUCCUUCAGUAUCCUUAAAGCAAGUCGAACAGUAUGACCCCGUGACAAACAAAUGGACAAUGGUUGCCCCACUUAGAGAAGGAGUAAGCAAUGCAGCAGUAGUUAGUGCAAAGUUGAAGCUAUUUGCUUUUGGGGGUACCAGUGUCAGCCAUGAUAAGCUACCCAAGGUUCAAUGUUACGACCUGUGUGAAAACAGAUGGACAGUACCAGCUACCUGCCCCCAGCCAUGGCGGUACACAGCUGCAGCUGUUCUGGGCAACCAGAUUUUUAUUAUGGGUGGAGAUACUGAAUUCUCUGCAUGCUCAGCAUAUAAAUUCAACAGUGAAACUUACCAGUGGACUAAAGUGGGAGAUGUGACAGCUAAGAGAAUGAGCUGCCAUGCAGUAGCAUCUGGAAACAAGUUGUACGUUGUUGGGGGAUAUUUUGGCAUCCAGAGAUGCAAAACGCUAGAUUGCUAUGACCCCACGUUAGAUGUGUGGAACAGCAUAACCACAGUGCCCUACUCACUAAUUCCCACUGCAUUUGUGAGCACAUGGAAGCAUCUCCCUUCUUAACUGGAUGUGCGCUCAUACAGUUUAUUCCAUUAUUUGGUGAAGAAAUGCUGGAACCAACUGUGGAGAAGCGGUUAUUAAUGAAGAAAAUCUGUUCUUUUUUGUGUGCAUUUUUGACUUUGAAGAAGAUCUUGUGCACCUUCUAAAUUCUCAAAGCUGGAAAUGAAGGAAUGGGAGGGGGAAUAUUGUCUUCAGUAUAUCAGCACAUGGUUUAACUAUGCGAGAAUGAAUGUAUGAUCUGGUCCCUGUGUUAGUAAUUGUGGAUUAAUGUCAAGUUUAAUCA